AUGCCCAAACUAGUAUUGAACCCUUGGACUCAAGGGAUCCUUCUGCCUCAGCCUCCCUAGUAGUGGGGACUACAGGCAUGUGCCACCAUGCCUGGAUGCAUUUUUCUUUUUAAUAUUUCUGGGCUUGAUUUUGUCAUAUUUUAUUUAGGAUUUUUAAAAUUUAAGUUUUAAAAUAAUAUUCAUGUAUCAUUUUCUCAUGUGCUAUCUUUAUCAGGUUUUGCAACUGUGAUUUUUAAUUAACUGUGUUAAUUUAAAAGAGCAGGCUGGCACAGAGAAGUGGACAUGCUGAAGGAGCUCCAGCUCUCCCUGUCAGUCAUCCUGCUGCUUGCCUGUGGCUUCCUCUACCAGUUCACCCUGAAGUCCAGCUGCCUCUUCUGCUCGCCUUCUUUCAAGUCCCAGCAGGGGCCAGAAGCCCUCCUGAGCCACAGACGUGGCAUUGUGUUUCUAGAGACCUCAGAGAGAAUGGAGCCGCCCCACUUGGUCUCCUGUGCUGUAGAGUCUGCUGCCAAGAUUUAUCCUGAGCGGCCUGUGGCAUUUUUUAUGAAGGGUCUCACUGAUUCCACACCGAUGCCCUCAAACUCCACAUACCCAGCUUUUUCCCUGCUAUCAGAAAUAGACAACGUUUUCCUCUUCCCUUUGGAUAUGAAAAGGCUGUUUGAAGAUACACCAUUGUUUUCAUGGUACACUCAAAUCAACACCAGUGCAGAGAGAAACUGGCUCCACAUCAGCUCAGAUGCAUCCCGCCUGGCCAUCAUCUGGAAAUACGGUGGCAUCUACAUGGACACCGAUGUCAUCUCCAUCAGGCCCAUCCCUGAAGAGAAUUUUUUGGCUGCCCAGGAUUCUCAAUACUCUAGUAAUGGAGUAUUUGGGUUCCUCCCCCAUCACCCCUUUUUGUGGGAAUGCAUGGAAAAUUUUGUUGAAAACUACAAUUCAGACAUUUGGGGCCACCAAGGCCCUGGUUUGAUGACAAGGAUGUUGAGGGUAUGGUGCAAACUUGAAGACUUCCAGGGUCUGAGCGACCUCAGGUGUCUGAACAUGUCCUUCCUACACCCCCAAAGAUUUUACCCCAUCUCCUAUCCAGAGUGGAGGCGCUACUAUGAAGUCUGGGACACAGACCCAAGCUUCAAUGACUCUUACGCCCUGCAUUUGUGGAACUACAUGAACCAGGAGGGGCGGGCUGUGGUUAGUGGAAGCAACACACUGGUAGAAAAUCUCUACCAAAAGCACUGUCCUGGGACUUACAGGGACCUGAUUCAAGGCCCAGAGGGGCCAGUGACUGGUGAGCUGCAUCCAGGUAACAAAUAG